AUGGGCUCUCCUUUGUCCCCAAUAUUAGCCGAUAUAGUACUCGAAUCAAUCAUCCAUAAUGCAUUAAGCCACCUUCCCUUUGAAGUCCCUAUUCUACGCAAAUAUGUAGACGAUCUGUUUCUCAUCAUCCCAAAAGAUUCCAUCGACACCGUACUAGACACCUUUAACAGCCAGGAGGACCGAAUUCAGUUCACCAUUGAAAUAGAACAAGACCGCAAACUACCAUUUCUGGACUUGCUGUUAAAUCGACAGGAGGAUCAAUCACUUUUCACCGAAUGGUAUAGCAAACCUAUCUCAUCUGGGAGAAUGCUAAAUUUCCAUUCUUACCAUCAAUACAAACACAAAAUUAAUGUAGCCAAUAAUUUUAUUCACCGCGUUACCUCUUUAACAUCUAAUCCAGAGGCGACAAACGUAAACACCAUCAUUCACAAACACCUACAGGCUAAUAGCUACCCACGAACCCUGGUGUCUCGGCUCAUCAACCUGUACCAUUCUAGGCAACAAGAAGUUGUCCAUCCUUCAGCUAUCACACUGCCACCACCAGCACCUCCACCCACAACAGCUCCACAGCCAACAGCCCCACCGCCGUCCUCUCAGCAACCACAUCAAGCCAGCAAUGCACCAUCCACGGCAAACAACCUUCAGGAUAUGGUCACCUUAGCAAGCACAACCAGCAUAACACCCAGCAUAAACAUUGCUUACAGAUCUCUCCUUUACAUCCCCAAACUGAGUGAUCGUCUCAUUAAACUGUUCAAAAAGGAUUAUCCGCACAUCUGCAUCGCCACAAAAUUGAACAAAACUGUGAACAGCUUCCACAGUCAAGUUAAGGAUCCUACAAAUAAAAACGAAAACAGCAACAUUAUUUAUAAAAUUCCGUGCAGCGGCUGUAACAGCAGCUACAUUGGAAUGACUUCAAACAAAUUAAAAACCAGACUCUACGGACAUGCAUCGAACGUAAACAAACUCAACCAGAUACUAAAUGCGGACACACAGACAAACUACCAGUUAUCCGAGCUAAGAGAGAAAACCGCUCUCAUUGAGCAUUGCAUCGACACAGAACACAGAUUCGACUUAGAGAAUACAUGCAUAAUAGAUAGAUCGAAACACACAGCUUCACUACCAUUUUUAGAAAUGUGUCACAUCUACUGUACACCACACAUAGUGAACCGCCGUAUUGAUGUGGACAACCUCAACACAGCAUACGCGGGGAUCUUACACAAACUUAAAAGCCUAAAUGAAGAUGGUAUAACAGUUAACUGA